AUGACAAGCAAUAAACAUAUCGAGACGGUUGUCUUAGAUGCCGGGCCGUUGAUUACCCAACCAGCUACAAAUUUACAGCAAAUUGGAAAUAAUUUUUACACAACUCCAGGAGUUCAUUCAGAGUUGAAAGAUGAACAAGUCCGGCAACAAUUAGUUAUAUGGGGUGAUCGCCUAAAAAUAAAACAACCCGAUCAAGAUUGUAUUGAUAAAGUUGUUAGAUUUGCUAAAUUGACUGGUGAUUAUAGUGUUUUAUCUGUUAAUGAUUUACACAUUAUUGCAUUAGCAUAUGAGUUAGAAAUAAAGAGUGGUGGGAAGUUGAGGAGUUUUCCAGGAGAAGUGUUGGAAAACCAGAAAGAAACCGUUGUUGAGGAUAAUCCGAUUUCAAAAACAGGGGAUAGCGAUGGUGCGUUUGUUACCGUUAAGAAAGGUCGUAAAAGAGGUGGCAAGAGACAACGUGAAAAGAGAGAAGCCGAGUUGCAAAAGUUACAAGAGAAAGCCGGAGGUAAAGACUUGAAUGACGAUGAUUUAGAGAAAGCCUUAACUGCUGCUGCUACAAACGAGAAGGAAGAAGUAGAAACUACUGUAUCAAAAGAAGGUGCAAGUGAGGAAGCUUCUCAAAGUGUUGGUAAAGGGUUUAACGAGGAAGCUUCUCAAAGUGUUGGUAAAGAGUCUAACGAGGAAGCUUCUCAAUGUAUUGGUGAAGAGUAUAAUGAGUCAGACGACGAUGGCGAAUGGAUCACACCCGACAAUUUACAGGAGGAAAUUUUAAAAGAUAAGAAUGAACAGAUUCAAGAUACAUUAAACAAUGGUGCAAAAAUCAAGGUUGUUCUUGCCACGGGCGAUUUUGCAUGUCAAAAUGUAGCCAUGCAACUCGGAAUAAAGUUACUAAAUGCCAUGUCAGGAAAACAAAUCAAACGAGUGCGUAAUUAUAUGUACAGAUGUCAUGCAUGCUUUAGAUUAACACCAAUUAGCAAGGACGGAAGACCUAAACAUUUUUGUCCCAAAUGCGGUGGCGAUACAUUGAUAAGAUGUGCUGUAUCUGUAGACAGUAAAACAGGCAAAGUGACACCUCACUUGAAAGCAAAUUUCCAAUGGAUAAAGAGAGGUGAUAAAUACUCGAUACCGUCACCUUUGAGUAAAAACCAGCAACGAUUACAAGGAAAAGGAGGAUUUCAGCAUAAUAAACAAAACAGACACAAAUCCCAACAAAACCCGCUACUCCUAAGAGAAGACCAAAAGGAGUACCAGCAGGCCUUGAAGAAUGACGAUUGGGAGAGGAGACAGCAUGAAAAAUUGUUACAAGAUUGGAUCGGAGGUGGAAGUGCAGAUAACUAUGCAAGUCCCUUUGGUACAGUAAAUACUAUAAGACCUUCGGGCGUCCGUGUAGCUAGUGCUGCCAGUGCUGCCAGUGUUGCCAGUGUUGCCAGUGCUGCCAGUGUUGCCAGUGCUGCCAGUGCUGCCAGUGCUGCCAGUGUUGCCAGUGUUGCCAGUGUUGCCAGUGUUGCCAGUGUUGCUAGUGCCGCUCCACUACCUCGCUCUGCUCAAUAG